GUAGGUGCGUCCUCCUUCGCUACUGGCGACUGAAUCGGAUCGGGACUCGCUAGCAGAAGCAAUUCGUUCGUUGUUCGUUCCAUUUGAGACUGACCGGCGGUAUAAACCGACUGACGGGCACAAGCUCGGCCGACCGACAGUAAAGCCAGACCGACCCGCAAGAGAAGCCGGCUGGCCGGCACGAUGGGCGACAAUUUCUUCACGCUCUGGCCGUUUCUCAUGGCGUUCUUCGGCCUGUACCUCGCCGUCCGUCUCCUGCGCAAGCCCAAGUGGCGCGACACGCACUGGUGGCUCUGGCUCUCCCUCGCCUCCACCAUCCUCCACAAUUUCGAGGAAACCGGCUUCGACCUUCUCGGCCGUCGAUUCCAUAUCCACGCGUUCGUCUGCGCACGGCUGGGAUUGUACCGCGCGGAGAUCGCGCUCUGCCCUGCCGACGCUCCGUUCUUUUUCAUCGUCAAUCUCGUGCACACGUGGCUGCUGACGACGAUGGCGAUUACGACUGGGCCGCGACGACCGCUGGGCGCUGCGAUCGCCGUCGCGAUCUCGCUGAUAGACGCCGUUUCGCACGUGUUCUUCGCCGUCACUUCGCUCAGUUACAACCCCGGUUUGGUUACGGCAAUUUUCGUCACCGGACCUGUAGGUUUGGGGUUCUUCCGAACCUGCCGGGAUCGGGGGUGGCUGCCGGGGCAGCAGCAGUCCGUGACUGUGGCAUGUGGCGCGCUGGUAUUGGUCAGUUUCUGGUUCGGAUUAGCUCUGGCAGCGGCAGGGAGGAUGAGCAAAUCAGCGCUGUGGUGGGAGGAGAUGGUGAAGGGCUUUCUUCCGCUGCUGGCCCUCCUCUUCAAGAGAAUACCUCUUGUUAAAAUGUACUCCAUGAAAGAGUGAUGCUAGUGUAUGCCGGGUAGGGUUCCUGCCUACCUGCUGCAUGUGCCGCUGACCAUGUUCUCACAGACUGACAGACAGACCGACAGACAGACUGACAGACAGACAGACAGACUGACAGACUGACAGACUGACAGACAGACUGACAGACUGACAGACAGACAGACAGACAGACAGACAGACAGACAGACUGACAGACAGACAGGCUGACAGAUAGACAGACAGACUGACAGACAGACAGACUGACUGACAGACUGACAAUUAGACUGACAGACAGACAGACAGACUGACAGACUGGCAGACUGACAGACAGACAGACUGACAGAUAGACAGACAGAUUGACAGACUGACAGACUGACAGACAGACAGACUGACAGACUGACAGACUGACAGACUGACAGACAGACAGACUGACAGACUGACAAUUAGACAGACAGACAGACUGACUGACUGACAGACUGACAGACAGACUGACUGACAGACAGACUGACUGACUGACAGAUAGACAGACAGACUGACAGACUGACAGACUGACUGACAGACAGACUGACUGACAAACUGACAAUUAGACAGACAGACAGACAGACAGACUGACAGACAGACUGACAGACUGACAGACAGACAGACAGGUACUGGUGAUGAUGAGAUCUGUACUGGUACUGUAGCAACAAUACGGUUUCACUUUCGCAGAAUAGGAUCAUCUAUUGUAGGUAUUCCAUUCAGGCCCAUAGUUACCAGGCUUUCGA